CUUCGACCACAAAGUAGAAAACAAAAGUCUUAAAUUAGCUGCUGCCUGAAAAUCAAGCGCAAACCAACUCUGGGCUCUGCCAUUAUAAUAACACAAAGAAUAACAGAACAGAAUGCUUCAGUUUAAGAAAUUUUGAUCAGAUGUUACUGAAGUUAUGAUGGCCAAAUAAGAAGAAACUGCUGAGUAAUCUUGGUCUGAUUGACACUGGUCCUGAGAAGAAUCCUCACAGUGAGACCUCUUUACCCUCCGAGCCUCUCUGCUGGAAAUCAUUCCACUACGUCAGGUCGUCCGGUCCGCUCGGUGAAGAUGUCUGCGACGGGUUUAGGCGGACCAGGACCCGGACCAGGACCCGCCACGGGUUCAGGAUCUGGGGCCUCCAACCCCCGAAAGUUCAGCGAGAAAAUAGCCCUGCACACCCAGCGACAGGCCGAGGAGACAGCCGCCUUCCAGGAGGUUAUGAUGGACAUCACCUCGACCAGGCUGCAGGCCCAGAAGCUCCACCUCGCCCGGACCCAGGGGCCGUACUACGGCGGUUCCUUACCCAACGUCAACCAGAUCGGCAGGAACCCGCUGGACUUCCAGGGAUCCUUCCAGUCCAGCCUGGAGUCCAACCGCUCGACUCGACAUCACGGCCUGGUGGAGCGAGUCCAGAGGGACCGCCGCUUUGUCUCGCCUGUUCGACCAUACCGAAACCGCCAAGUGGACAACUCUCUGUACAACUCAGCCUACCUGUCCCCGCCCCCCGAUGCCAGCUGGAGAAGGAAUUGGUCUGGAAACUUCCCUGGAGAUAAAAGCCAGUUGUUUCGUCUUCCCACCACAGCCCUCAACAGGACCAACUCUGAUUCAGCUCUCCACACAAGCGUGAUGAACCCUCCCAUGGGGGACCGCUUCUCCAGGGGAGGACCCGCCCUCAACCCCCAGGGCAGCAGACGCAGCGGUCAGAGCGACGCAGAGAACCGAAGAAUGUUCCCGUAUCCAGUUCCUCCGAUUGAAGAAAAUGUUCUGGAUGAAGACAAACUGCUUAAAGCCUGGGACAUCAAGAAGCCUUUGUCGUCGUCUCGACCCAGGUCCUGUGAGGUUCCAGGCAUCAAUAUCUUCACAUCCCCGGAACAACCAUCCACACCGGUCCAAGGUGUCCCUCAGGUUUCCAGCACCGGAGGCUCACUUCCUGACCUGUCCAGCCUCCACUUCCCCUCACCGCUGCCCACGCCGCUGGACCAGGAUGAGCCCAGUUACCCAGGACCCUUCACUCUGAGUGGGGGCAGCAGCACAGGGAACCUGGCCUCCACCCUCACCCAGCUGGGCAUCAACGCAGCAGGAGGAAACGGCAGCUAUCACCACCCCUCACCAGGGUUCCUGGCAUCGCUACAGAGCACGCUCAGUAACCCAAACCUGCAGUCUUCACUGAGCAACCCCAACAUCCAGUCGUCCCUCAGCAGCCACUCCUUCUCCAACUCUCUGAGCUCCGCCUCCCUCCACUCGUCACUCAGCAACCCGUCGCUGCAGUCGUCGCUCAGCUCCUCCCCCUCCCUUAGCAGCCAAUCACUGCACUCUUCCCUCAGUAACUCCUCCCUUCAGUCAGGCAGCAACCCCAGCUACAGCAGUGGCGUGGGCAUGGCCGGAUCAGGCUCCUCCCCUUACACGGUGAUGCUCGCCGGCCAGGGCCAGCCGUCGCUCAGCACGUCGCCACGGAGACGAGUCCAGCUGUCCCCGCUCAUCCUGCCUAUGGUGGGGGAGUCCUGGAGACAUCACUCCAAACAGUUUUCCCCCACCAUCUCUCCGACCCUGUCCUCCAUCUCACAGGGCGUCCCACUGGACACCAGCAAACUGCCUUUGGACCAGCGUCUCCCUCCGUACUCGCUGAGCCAGUCCCUUCACCACCAGCCGCCCCCAAGUCUGCCCAGCUCCCAGUCCGGACAGCAGCCCCCUUCUGUGGGUCAGCACCACCAGCAGCAGCUCCAUCGCCUCCAGCAGCCACGAACAAACACCCAACAGCAGCUCCACCUGCAGAACCUGCGGAACCAGCACCUGCAGCAGCACUAUGGAUCGCCUCAGAGGCUGAUGGGAACGCAGCCCAACAUGCCUGUGAAGUCGGAGAGCGCUUUGGAGCCGUGCACCCAGACGUCUUCUCUGUGCCAGGUCAAACUGGACAUGGAGCAGCAGGUGGAGCAGCAGAGGGGAGGUGGCCUCCCACAGCAGCAACAGAUCAACCUGAACACAGACUUCUACAACGAUGCCUUGUUCAGCUCCCUGCUGGAGGAUCCCUACCUCAGUCUGCAGCUCUCGGGAAAGUCCAACCAGCAGUUCACAGCUGAGAGCCCGGCUGAUGGUCUGUCCAUGAACCACAGCAGUCUGAGCCAGAACCAGUUCCCAUCCAACAGUCAGGGGCAUCUGGAGCUGCAGGAGCCCGGGUACCAGCAGCAGCUCAACAACCAGAACCAGAACUACGGCGGCGGAGACAACCGACAGAACGUUCCCAACAUCAUCCUCACAGGAGACUCCCCUACAGGUCUGUCCAAGGAGAUUGCCAGCGCUCUGUCCCACGUCCCCGGCUUCGAGAUGGACCCCUUCUCCCUGGACGAGCAGCUCCGGAUGGACCCCCUGUCUCUGGACAUGCUGGAGGGCGACCUGAUGCUAGCCGACCCGGCUGUGGAGGACUCGUUCCGGUGUGACCGGCUAAAAUGAACACCCCCUGCCCGCUUAGAGGUGAAGAGGACGCUGUCUGUCCACCAUAACCCCUCACCCCAACCAGCUGGUCUGCAGAGCGAGGUCUGGCUCCAGAUCUUCAUCCCUGAGGGAUGAAGGCUUUGACUGAAGAACCUGAGGUCAGGGGUCGGGAUGAGCUGACGGAGGGAGAUUAUCCCGUCUGAGGCACUUAACUGAAAACACUCUUGCUUCUUAUUGCUGGCAUUAGCAUGUCUGCGCCAUGAUGUAAGAAACCAAACCAGCAGCGCUUUGAGGAGCUUUGCUAUGCAUGCUGAUGAGCGCCGGAACCGCUCCAUCAGCCACUUUAACGGGAAUCAGCCACCAUGGUUGUUGAGAAAAUGUUUUUCUGACUGUGAUGGCAUCAGACAUGCAGCAGGCUGAGGAUCUCUGAGUUCCUGCAGCUCUAAGUGCCAUUACAGACCUUCUCUGAGCAUCUCGCUCAGAGAAGGUUCUCCCUGAUCAACUGUUUCUGUUUUAUUUUUCCAGAGGAGAUCCUGGAAGAUGUUCCAGAGCAGCCCAGGAUGUCUAGAUGCUUUAAAUGUUGGAUCAGUUAACGACGGUCAGGCUGGCUGGUUGUGAUCUCUCACUGCUCACACCUCCUGAAGGGUCAGAACAUUUAAAGCCAUACGCCAUAACAGAGAUCUGGGUUUCCACACGGAGCUUCUGCUGCAGCUGAUGUAACUAGAGCCGAGCAGCACGACCAGAACAUCAGAUCUGACGUUCUGAAUUUAAACAAAGCUUUUAUUUGGCUGAUAGGUGACUGAGAUUCUACUGAGAGCAGGACCAGGAAACAAGGUCCCACCCUUCCCUUUGGUCCUGUGGUUCUGAACCAUAUCCUGGAUCCAAGCAGCAGAAAUGUUCUUAGUAGGGUGGCGGGGUACUGUCGUAUUUAUAAGGAGAGGAGCUUCUUUAUCUAGGAAGAGCUUGGAGCAGAACUCCUCCACAUCAACACGAGUCAGCUGAGGUGGAUCAUCUGAGCUUGAUCCUAGAUACCUUCCCACUGGGAGGAGAUCCCUGUGUGGACCAAGAACCUUCUGGUUGGACUUCACACUUCUUUUGUUCUGAGAAGACCAUGGGAUUUCUCAGGCAGAGCUGGGAAGGUCUGGGUUUCCAUCCAGGAUCGGUACUUCUACCCAAUCCCAGAUAAUUGGAAUGAAGCAGGUGAAGGAAUGAAAACCCAGUCGUGUCUGAGGCGGUGUUGAAUACUGCUUUAUUCCUGCUGACUGUGGUCCAAACAUCUGUACAGAACCUUUAAUCCACCACUCUUUACCAAUCCCCACUGAAACAGAAGCAGCCAAAGUCCCGCGAAAAUAUCUGGACCACCUUCAGAAAUCCUGGAGAACUGUUGAUCCAGACCUCUUUAAGAGACUGCAGGAAGGGUCUGGAUCAGGAGUUCACACAGGAUUUACCCUCACAGAGCUGGACCAGAACAUUAACUCCUCACAUUGAGAUUGCAAUCUUUUUAAGAGAAACCGGGUCAAAGUCGGGUACUAGAUUAACAAUCAGUUUAAUGUGAUCAGAACCUCAUUGAUCCUCUGAGUUCGGUUCAUUUGAACGGACCCACAGCAGCUGCUCGUACAUGAAGCACGUUGGCUUUGAAUCCAUGCCCACAUUCCUGACAGAACCCUGGACCGGAUCGGCCGCUAGCUGUAUCCAGGAACCAGGAUGAUGGUGCAACAGCUACUUCACUUCCUCUCAGGUCUGGGUCUGAAACACAGGUUCUGAAUCCAACAGGAAUCCUCCUGGUUCUGAAAACAGAAACAUCAGAUCAUUGAUCAGAUUUUCACACAGAUAAAAAAAAGGAUUUUUGCACUUUGAAUGAAAAAAAUGAAAAUAUUUAGAUUAUAUUUUUAUUCAGAUUUCAGCCAAUCAACCUCUUUCCCUUUAGCUCCGCCCACUCACUGUUAUUGGCCACGCCCCUCUGCUGCGCCCAUCUUUCAGCCAUUUUUUUUGCUCCGACGUGUAAAUAAUUACUUUGUCUUUUAUGAAGCAGAGAAACGUGACGAGAGGAAGAAAACUCCUCAGCUGUCGGCUGCAUGCGGGAACCGACAAACAUGUUCUGUUCACACAGUCAGGUCCGGGUUCUGUUCCUGGUUUUUAGGUUCGGAUGUUCACAUAGAAAAACAAGAUCCUUCACAGAAUCACUAAGAAAGUUCUGCUCAGAGGUUCCCAUCCAUUCUUGGUCAUAAAUUUCAGAAUAGUUUGUAUCUUUUCCUGAUUUAUCAGAACCGUUCUGUUCAGAUUCCUCUGAUCCACACUGGGUCACAGUUCUACAUACCCCCUCAAUAAUGUUGGACCGGUAGAGUUUAUUAAACUGGUCUGAUUCCUGCACCGACCCGAUUCUCAUCGCUGUCCAUAAAUUCUGAACAGGGAUGAACUCGGAGCUUUAUCCAUUAAUUCUCAGCAGAGUCCAGUUAAAACCAUCCAUUAAAACCAGUUUGGAUCUGUGUUUGGGAUCGUGGUCCUGCUGGGUCCAGAUUGAACCAUCCAGCUGAUGUUCUCAGGAGCUUCUCUCUUAGUUGCCACCUUCUGACAGCAUGAUGGACAGGGACACUGGUGUUCAUGGCACGCCCGGGUCUUGGUGGUUUCUGGGUCAGUCACGAAGAUCUGGACUAAGUUCUCCUCCAUCUGGGGAACCGUUUGGGUUUUCAUCCACACCUUGAAUGAUUUAUUUGCAUGACGCCAUUUGAACUGAUCCAUCUGCGGAUGUUUAAAAAUGUCUCUUUCUGAGUUCUUGGACCCUCCCAUUGUUCUGAGUUCUGGUGAGUCCAGUGAGCGCUGACGGAUAAAUCAUUUUCAUCCGGAUCACCGAUCAUCUUGUUCUCCUCAAGUUCAGAGGCUGGAGUGGGUCUGAAAAAAUUCACCCUGAAGCCAAAGUGGACCAGCUGGAUGUUUGGGUCUGUUCAGAUAAAUCAGUAAAAGAUCCAAAUCAGUAUGACGUUAAUGCAGAUGAGUGGACCUCUGAACGGUGCUGGAGAUAUGUUGAUGUUCUGACACCAGCAGAACAUUUUGGUUCUGGCUCCAACAUGAAACCAGGCCACCAUGUUCAUGUGGGAGGUGUUUGGAUUUAGAAACAAAGCUGAAGAAUUAAAGUGAGCUAAAUGUUCUGGAAGUCGAAGCGCUUAGGCAGAACCGAUGUGACUGUGUGGUUCUGUUAGCUGAGAUCCUCCAAGUGGGUCUAAGGUUUGAGAUCUGGGAGCGGGAGCGUGGAGAAAAUCAGGUUCUGCCCCCUGCAGGUCAGAGUGGGCUGCUGCAGAUUUAUUCUCUUAAAACAGAAACCAGAA